AUCAGAGACCAUUUGGCCAGCAGUCGAGGCAGCCUACUAGCAUGAAUGUAGGUACUAGGGAGUGUGGCUAGACAUUGGACGAGUCGUGCGGUACUGGCGAGUUUAUGUAAACAGUAAUUAAAGGGAGCGGAGCAAGGUGUCGAUGUAUUACUUGUAGCGUUGCCCACCCGCUGCCGGCACUGCUCCGCCGCGCCUCCGCCGCACUGCACGCGGCGCUCUACUGCUACAUAGUAUACUUCAAUAAUAAUAUAGUUCAGUGUUCGAGCCGCCAUGCAGUCCGUGGUACCACUCGCCUGCUUCCUGUCCCUCAUACGUCCGCCGGGCGUGCAGUACGAGAACGCGCUGCUCCAGAUAGCCCCCGUGGACAAGGCCAAGUGUCCGUACGUGCACGCCGGCACCGACGUCUCCUUCCAGCUCUACACCAGACACAACCCGACAGUGCCGCAGCGCCUGGCGCUGGACGACGACGAGUUACUGUUCGCGUCCAGCAUCGACUGGAACUCCCACACCGUCGUCUACUUCCACGCCUUCAUGGAGCAGCCGGAAGAUGGCAGCGCCGUGCUCGUCAGAGAGGCGUACAUGCAGCGCGGCGACAGCAACGUCAUCAUGGUGGACGCGGCGCGCCUGGAGGCGGGUCCCUGGUACCCGGCCGCGGCGCACAACACGUGGUACGUGGGCCAGUACGCCGCGCGCCUGCUGGACUACCUGGCCGCGCGGGGCCUGCGCCUCAACCACACGCACCUCGUGGGCCACAGCCUGGGCGCCCACGCCGCCGGGGUGGCGGGGGCCGCCCUGCGGACCGGCCGCGUCGCGCGCAUCACCGGCCUGGACCCCGCCCUGCCCCUGUUCGCUGGGGUCCACCCGGACCAGAGACUGGACCCCAGCGACGCGGACUUCGUGGACGUCAUACACACUGACGCCGGGAUAUUCGGCUACAAGCACCCGCUGGGUCACGCGGACUUCUUCCCCAACGGCGGCGCCAGCCCCCAGCCUGGGUGCGAGCUGGAGGUGGUACUGCCGCAACAACUGCUGCUCAACAAGUGUGCGGGCAUGCUACACCCGCGGCACUACUUCGUGUUCGAGCUCACCACUGCACCCGUACACAGCAGACACAAGCGGUUCCUACCGGCACUGCGCCGGGACACUGCCACCGACUCGUGGCCGACAUUGGGCGCGCUCGGAGUACUGGGGGCGCUCGUACGGGGCGCGCCGCUAGUGAGCGUCGUGCGUGACGUCACUACCCGCGUCAAGAGCAGCGCAGGCGAGCUCGCGCACGUCGCCAGGGAGACCUCGCGCUACGUCGGCAGAGACCCCGCGCCCCUGCCUGGGGUCACCCUGGAAUUGGGGGCCGGGGGCUGGUGGGGGGCGCUGCGGAAACUCUUGGGCCUGGCCCCGCCCGGCGCCCGGCUGAGCGUGGCGCCCUAACUAUAUGUACUGUACAGAAUACAGACACAGUCCGUUGUCACAAUAGUUGUCGCCGCGCACGUAUGUACUGCACGCUGUCUUAGUUCCGUCGUCGGCCUGGGCGCGUUGUAACGGCGCGUGUCGUGUUGCAGGGCGCGCGGCUCGUACUUCCUGCUGACUCACCGGACGUCGCCCUACUCCAUCGAGUGACGCGCCCCCGCCCCACCCUGCGCCUAGC